AUGGCUGCUGGGACCGUCCCCGCGCUGCACGUGCUGGGAGACAGCCUGGUCACCUUCAACCUGUCGAAGCGCCUGGACAAUGCUCGCUUCAUCUUGAUGGUGCUCGUGGUUCUGACGCACACGCUCACCUCUGACAUGCCAGGCUACUCGGCAGUACUGGGGCUCAUCCACCCGUUUCAAACACGAGCUCUGGCAUUCAUCAGUGGAGUUGUGAGCCGAAAGGGGCGAACCCUCCAAGAGGUGGGGCGAUCAUCAAGAGACACGGCCGUCCAGAUCCUCGUCUUCAGUGUCAUUCUGGACCCGGUGUGCCACCAGUUCUUCGCAGGCAAGCUGCUCUUCGAUCCCGCGGCCUACGUGCGCAAGGUGGUCCACCUUCUGCUCUUCUCUGGUGAGCAGAUUCAUUGGUACCUGUUCGGGCUGCUGUGGUGGCGCCUGCUCAGCUCGCAGCUGGAGCAGAUUGAGAGCGCCCGACGGCGCAUGGCUGUUUCCCUCAUGGUCGCGGCACUGGCCACGUACCACUACUCGACCUUCCUGAGUGUGACCGAAUCCUUGGCCUGCUGGCCCUUCUACGUCGCAGGAGAUCUGUGCGGGCGACUUUGGCCGGAGAUGGAAAAGAGCUACAAGCUCAUCAGGUCUCCCGCAUCAUCUUGCCUUGGAGUUCUUGCCUUCCUUGGCAUGCACAUGGCAGUUGUGAAGCUUGGAUGGACACAGCACUUUCCCUUCUCGAGUGGAUGUAUUCCAUGGGCUAUGCAAGAGUUCGACUAUGACAACUCGUUUCUGAGCGGCUACUGGACAUUCCUUCUGCGCGGCUGCCUGGGGUAUCUGCUGAUGUUUGGAAAGAUUGCGGUAUUCUUGGUUUUCUGUUGCCCCGACGUGGCCACAGUGAUCACACCUCUUGGACGGCACAGCAUCUUCCCCUACCUCUUGCACUACCCCGCGGUGCCCGUGUACCGGCACUUAAUGCACCAAGCGUUGAGCUCCAGCCGUGUGACCUAUACAGCGCAGGCGCAUGUUUGGGUGCUUGCGCUGCUUUUGAGCAUCCUGGCUGUGAGCAUCUUGUCCUCGACGCCCGUCCGUGCCCUCUUCGGGUGUGUGCUGCAGCCGUUCCGGCGGCAGGAUGAAUUCGAGCCAGCGGUUCUGAUGCCAUUCUGGGCACGAGCUCAACGCCCCUGCCCUCAACAAUGA